CUGUUGACGGCGACUGAUACGCAUCACGCGUUUCAACUUAACGUCGAGAUUUGAAUCAUUGUGUCUCAGUGUGCAACGAGAUAUAUAUGUUUUUUAAACUGAAUUUAAUGUAAAAGACAAAAGAGAUCGUUCUUUCUAAAGAGAUCGUUUAUUGUUUCGAAAUUCAAGUAUGCACAUCUUAGAGUCCGAAGAAACAUUAAAUUUCUCAAAAGUUCCUUGCUGUGUUAAUCGAGCGCGUGCGUGAAAUAAUGAAAAAUUAAAAUUUAAAAAACGGUUUGCAUGUCUACAGUGUGUGAUAUUAUAUAACAUAAUCGGCAGCGUAAAGUGUCAGUAUCGCAGAAUAAAUAUAAUAUAUAUUUUCUAAAAAAGUGUUAAAAAAUUUUCAUUUACGCGCGUUUGACUGGAUAAGAGGAGACAAGGUUGUGACUUGUAUCCUGUGAGCGAGGGUGUCUAUGUCGCGAUCCUUCGAAGAGAAUGUCUACGACACCUUUGAAAAUCGAUACACUUGAGGACGGCAUUCGUCCUCGAGACUGGCGGCCUCGAAAGUCGAAUUACAAGGUACCUCUGAGAUUGCUGCGAUUAUGUUUGCUGGGGAUGUUUCUGCCGGCCAUGCUUGUCGCUGGACCACUUUACCUGCGAUACCGCGUGUACUCGGACCAGUUAUACCCUUUGGCGGUAUCGGAUCAGAGAUUAGUCGAUGCCAGAGUAUCCACCACUUGGUGCCAAAGUCAGAUAAUUAGAGUUAACACCACGUUCAAUGCGUAUCUGAUGAGCAGCGAGCCCGCGGUCGAAAAGGAAACGAAGCCCAUAUCGAUGACGAGACACCUGGUCAUGGAGGACGACAUGAAGGAGUAUUGGGGAUUUUACCUCCUACGUGGUAGCAGCGUCACUGUUUCAACUUGUGUAAGAUGGCCAGGUGCUUCUUUGACAAUAAUUCGUGGACACAAGAACCUGCACGAAUGCGCCUUCAUCGGAGACGACAGUAGUGAGGAACUCGAAGAGCUUCUUGAAGUCGCCGAGGAGAAAGGUCUUCUCGAUAAGAGAACGGAAGCAGAUCGUCCCAGCAAUAUACCCGAAAAGAUGAGGCGGGCGGGUCAGAACGUACAUUUCCAUCACGAAGGCAACGUCUUUCGUCAAAACACUUCGGACCAAUUGUCCGGGCAUCAUUCAAACAGUAACGAACUAGAUCCUCAGGCGAUGCGCAACAUACUCACUCAACUCUUCGUCAAGACUCAGGAUACGAAAAAGAAGCAAAAGGAAAAUCCUCAUCAUCAUUACGAAGCCGUUUUCAGAGACGCCGUCAAUAUUGACAAACCGCCUGUCACAAAUUACGUUGAUAGUCUGAAAAAUCUAUUUCGUGAAGAGCUAACAGACAAAUUUGACAACAAAGAAAUAUCGAAGCAUAAUAUAACAUCCACGUCACCAACUCUGAACGUAUCUACUGAACAAAUAUCUUCUCCCGAGAUGAAACAACACAAUGAAGAAGAACGCAACGCGACAUCCGACGUGCAAAUAGAAACCAGCACGCAAUCGGAAAUUGUGAAAGAACAAGAAGAGUCAAAAACCGAUCGUGCGAAUUCCGCAGAAGUCCAAUUUCAAGAUGUCCUGCGGAAAAUCAAUUCCCUGGGCAAUCGCGGUAGGCAGAUGUUGCGCAAAUUGAUGGACGAGAUUGACGCGAUCAACGACGCCGAAGGUUUCGCGUUGAAACGAUUGGUGAACGAAACGAUGAACGAUAAGACAUUAUCAGAGCGAGAUAAACGGAGAAGAAGACGAGAUCUCGUGCUGUCGUCGCCGAUUCAUCGAGAACUGACGGAAGACGAUGAAGACGCCGAUGCAGCGAUAGAAGAGGGUGUGUUACAUCCAGACGGCAUUGCGGAAGACAGAGGGAGCGUGAACGAAACGUCCCUGAACGACAGAAGCAAUUCCGAGUUCUGGAGCUCGUUCAGCAGUUCCGAGGAGCGGCUGCUCGAGUGCAAAGGUCUCAUCCUGAAUCUACCACUGACCCCGCAUCGUCAUUGCACGCCGAAACACGAAAACGAUCAUUCCGCGGCAUCCUUCGCCAAUACCGUUACGUACAGAGUGCCCUUGAACGGAUAUUACUUCUUCGUGUUCAAUUCGGAGAACGAGAUCCAGCCGAAUUACGUGAGAGUGAGAUUCGAUCUUCUAAAGACCGUUUACGACACCUCGAAUCCCGUGCACACAUGCAAGAACAGCACGACGGAGUGCUCGUUACCGUUUAGUAUCUUCAGCAACGAGAAGACGAUACUCGAGCUGCCGGUGAGCGGCAACGAUUCGCAGUGGAACGAGGAGUACAUCGUGAUGUCAACGUGCGAGCCAAGAACGGCGAUUUACGUAAUCUGCGUAAUUAUGGUACCUGUGUUGAUCCUCUGCUUCGCCUUCAAUUAAUGACAGAUCGCGAUUGUACCACAGCAAGAUCGACAGUAUUUUUGUGUUCUGUACCGACUCGAUUAAUAGUAUCUCGUUUAUCAAAUCCGCUCGUACGUGUUACUUUACGCGGUGCAGUGGUAACACUUCAUUUACUGAAAUCUCCGAAAUUAUUGUCUGAGUCGAGAAAGCGCUAUGAUUUCGAUGUUUCCGAAUAUCGUGUGAUAAGCGAAACCGAGUAAUAGAGCGCUCUAUAUUUUUAAUAAGAAAAAUGUCUUGAAGAAAACUCGUACCUCUGCUAGAUCUAUUCUGGUCUGUUAUAAGACUGGCGUCGAGAUUAUAUUCCUCGCUACAUAUGGCUGUUACAAAUACUCUAGGAUUAUUUUUUGUGCGAGAUUCGUACAAACAAUUGACGCGCGCACUUGUACGUGAGAUCGCGAUAUGUAUCUUGAGUGAGAUGUGAUUGCGUUCCCGACGCAAUUCCCGAGAAUAAUCGUUAAGGCUAAUGAACAAUAUAUCGAUUAAUUGAUAAUCGAUUAAUGUUUUUGUUAAAGCGCGCAAUGUCGAACGAUACAAUUGAAUUUGUUGAAUUGUGUGCAACUGAGAAAUAAAGCAAUUCGCACGCCAAAGUAAUUUCAAUUUUGUCCAUCCCUGGUUGUACACAGACGUGACGAGUUUCAUUUUAAAUGCUUCGCUACCAGAUACGCACGCGCGCAGUUUCGAAGUGUUCGAUAUGUCGAGUGUCACACACGUGGAAAACAAACACUAAUAAUGGGAUUAGCGCGGAGCGGCUGGUUGACGGCGAUAACGAAAAUUGAUUUCACCCUUCGCAUCCUCUCGCAACCCCCCCAGCAUCCAAAGGGGAUGCCGCGUCGGGGACGAGCGCAUUGACGUUCAUGGGACGCUGCGCAAAACCAGGCGACACGCCUCUCUCCCUCAUCGACACACCCCGGCGAGACCCCUCACGCGUGCCCGAUAGAGAACACUUAGUUUAACCCAUUCGGGAUGCGAUUUAAUUCCGUUUUUUUUUUUUUUUUAAAGAUCGAUUGUCACAUUCUGUCAAACCGGAGUUACACAAAAAUCCCUUCCGUGUUGUGUAACACGAUUAAAAAAAAAAAGAAAUAAAUUUACUUAAAAUUCUCGGAACUUAAAUUAGAUUCAGUUGGCUUUUGACAUUAAUUUUAUGAACGUCUUUUAUUAUCGUUUUGAAAAAUGACGACUAACGUUUUUUUCGCGACGCAAUGACGCAAGUCUAAACAACAAAUCACUUGAUGUAUAGUCGACGCAAACAAGGAAACAAUAUUUCGAGAUAGCUAUCUAAAGGUGACACUCAUGUACAAGUGAAAGUGCUGGUGAGAUCUCCGGCAGAAACGCGCUACUGAAACGGAGGAGACGGAGGCUGCGCGAGUGUUCGCUGCUGAUAAGGGACGCUCCGCCCUCCAGCCCUCUCAAGCGACAGUCAUCCCUCUCCUCUUCCUCCUCAUGCUCGUAGAAUCGUAGGGUCAAGUUGUUGGAGGCCCUGGCAACGGGCGUGAGGUAUUAAUCUCGAGGAUUAAACGGACAAAUCGACGAAAGAUUAAUUUUUAAGAUGCCGUAAAGUGGAAAGAUUACCUCGACGCUUAAUUAACAGUUACGCUACACCGUCUUCGUAAUUAAUCUUCGUCGACAGUUUUUUUUUCCGCCUUGUUCUAAUCCGGAGAAAUAUCUGAUAUGUGAUAUGUUUAAAUCGACGCACGAUAAAUUUAUUUGUGAAAACUCUUGCAAACCUCUGUCGCGUUAUAUUGACGCAAAUUUUCCGAAUAGAUCGUCGAUCUUAACGAUACUCUAGAUUUUUAUCUGAAAACCGACGGAGAUCCAAAGACCCAACGGUUGAUAACAAUCACGUAAUAAGUCCAUCUCGCGUGCGGCGGUGGCGAUAUAUUAAUACCUUAUUCUUAUUCAUUGGCACGCGCAAAUUGGGCCGCGAGUCGUCGGCCUGUGGGAAACCGCUACAAAAUAUCCCCUAUUAAAUUUGAUGUGCGGCACAACCAGGGGUUCUUUUUUAUCGAUUCCCGUAAUGGGACUUGGUGGGACUGCCUAUUUUGCAAAA